CGACUUAAUAUAUGCCACCAAACCUGAACUUGUCAUAUGUUUCAUCAAAUUCUAAAAGUUCAUUUAUCCACAGUAACUAAAAUUUUUCAAAAUUUUUCAAAAAUGCCCCGCAGUGCUGGCAAUUGCGAGCCCCGCAAUGAAAAUUUAUCUCGCGAUCCAUUUUUUCAUUUCCAAACAUUUGUCAACCAAAUUGUAGAAGAAUAUCAGGAAUUUAAAAAUACAAAGUCUACAAUUCCCGAAGAAAGAGAGCUCAUCUUGAUUGAGAAACUAAUCCGCAGUAUCAAAAAAUAUGAUUAUUCUUUUGAAUGCAAAUGUUUGCAACAUAUCAGGAACAAAGUGAUGGUGACUGAGGGCGACCAUUGGAUCCCGUUUGCUUGGGUUUGCAGCAAAAUACUUCGCCACAGCAAUGGUCCGAAUCAAAGGAGUCCCGUGUUGUUUAAAAUAUUGUACAAAUUUUGUAUGGAACAUCGAGCCUCGGCGCUACUCGAGCUACAUAAAAUUAUGAUUAUGAUUCAACACUCAAACAUAUUUGGUCCACUUGACCAAGAAGAAUUCAUCGUACAGGUUGGAAGAUUGAAAAUACGGUUAACCUUGGAUGAAAUUAUCAUCAACCGAGCGAAGGAAUUCUCAGCAAGAAUCGUAAAUUUGGGCGAUAUUGAUCGAGCCGUGUUUGGAACAAACCCUGUCGACAGACCAAGCCAUCCAAACCUGCUAUUUCAAAUUUGACCUAUUCCGUCAACAUAGGAACCAGUUGAGGGAGCAUAUUAAGUCUGGACUGAGCCUGAUGGAGGUGCCUCGACUGAUCCAGGAGAUGGUAGACACUAUUCCUGUAGACGUUCUUACAGAUGAGGAAACAAUGCCCUUGCUGUUGAGAGUACUCAAUAAAACUCCUCGCUCCUCACCGUUAGGCGUUGUUGAUGCCUUGGCCUUCCUCUGGGUUUACGUCGGCCUUUUGGUGAAAAAAGGAAAUGCGAUUGGAGAGAAAGAGACUGUCACGAGAUAUGUGAUUAAUGUUAUCAACAAUUUUUUCAGAAUAGUUGUACGUUCUGAUAAGCACAAGAAGAAUAUGGAGCACAUCCUCAACCUUUAUAACGCAGUAAAAACACUACACAAGCCACCCACCGCAGGAGAAGAGUUGUACUUCGAGUUGCCAGAAUUCAUUCUAACGGGACCUUAUCUAAAUGAGAACUUGGAAUUGGAAGAUAUCAGUUACGUUCCGGAAGAAUUUUUCAAGAACAUGUGCAUCAAUUCGAAUGUAAAUGUAGUCUCUGACGCCAUCGACACCCUCACCAGUUCAACAUCAGAGAAAAAGAAGAAGCGAAAAGCGAUAGAGCAAUCGCAGCCUGAUGACGCCACAACAUCUUCACAAAUUAAAGAAGAAAGCGAUGACGAAAUAUGUUUGAUCCCACCCACAAUCGAAGAAGACGACGCCAACACGUCAAAUAUUCCUGCUUCUGAUGGCCCCUCGUUCAUCACCGACCCAAAUAUCGUGGUAAAUAUGAACCCCACGCUCUUUCCUUCCGACAACACACUUGGUUGGUCAGCCCGAAGUCUUCUUCCCUCAAAGAGGACAAAGAAAUCCACAUCACGUGAAGAUUUUCUUCCCCACGAUAAUUCUCCUCCUCCGAUAAUCCCCCCAAAUUGUGCAGAAACUAUUCUUCCCAUCGAUUUCACCCAGGACGACUACGCCCAACAAAUGUUUGCUCAUAAUUAUUAUGCUCAAGGGAUCAAAAUGAUUGAUGGGCUGCGUCGAGUCGUAUUUUAUCACAACGUGAAUAAUUAAUGUUUUAAUGUUUGUCUAAAUAUCUGCCUAACAGUCUGAACGUAUCGUACAUACGCUUAUUAUAUUAAUUUGUCAUUAAUAAUUUAUUCAUGGUGCAUAUAGGAGAAGAAGGAUAGGAGAAGGAUAGAAGAAUAGAAGAUUCUCACUUUAUGAAAGUAUUAACCUUACCCGGACCAGUUAUUUCCUUAGAUUCAGUUUAGAAUUAUAGUAAUCCCAUUGUUUAAUAAUAAGAAAAUGUUUGUUUUUUUGCAAACUGUGAGCAAUGAUAUUGUACUGUACAAUAAACCUAUGUUCCAAGUUA